AUUCAAUUGGUUUAGUUGAAAUUGAUGGGAGUCUAUGACUUUUGAGAAGGUAACCUAUCUUUAAUGUGGCAUAUGUUCUCUAUAAUAUUUGCGUGCUAAUAGUAAUGCAUUUUCUUUUAUAAUUGUUAUAUGAUCUUUUGUAAUGGUAAUCUAGGAAUUCCACUUAUCAUAUAGAUUAUUAAUAAUCAGUAAUAUAUCGCAAUUUGCACUAUUUUCAAAUUUCAUCACUUUAAUUUAAGGUUUUGCAAACAUAAUAAUAAAAUAAUAUUGUUUUUAAAAUAUCAACACUAUGUCUGGAGAAAAUAAAGAACCCAUUUAUACAUCUGAGAAAAAUGGACAUGAUGAAAGUGGAGAUGGGACAGAACAAAAACCAUUUAAGACUAUAUUGCAAGCUAUGCGACAUGCUGGCUCUGAACCGUUUCCUAUAAUAUAUGUGGAUGGAAAAGAAGAUAUCAAAUAUGAACCAGCAGCUAAAUCCCAAUUGAAGAAAAUUCAGAAAAUUUGGGUUAGACAAAAUUACAAACAGGUUGAUAAAUCUAAAAAGGAAGAAGAAGAUGCUGAAAAACGAAGCAAAAAUUUGGAUGAUGCAAAAAAAAUAGUUAUUCAGGAAGAUGAAACAUUGCCUCAAGCAAAAAAGAUAAGAAUUUUUGAAGGAAAAAAUUAUAGGAAUCAAAGGGUGAAAGUUUAUGGCUGGGCACAUAGAAUUAGAAGACAAGGAAAAAAUUUGAUGUUUAUAACCCUAAGAGAUGGUACAGGAUUUUUACAAUCUGUUCUCAAUGAUAAACUGUGUCAAACAUAUAGUGCACUUAUUUUGCAAACAGAAUCUUCUAUAAUUUUAUAUGGAACUAUUAAAGAACUGCCCAAGGGAAAAACGGCUCCUGGAGGUCAUGAGCUUAUUGUAGAUUAUUGGGAAUUAAUUGGUUUAGCCCCACCAGGAGGAGCAGAUGCAAUUUUAAAUGAACAAGCUUUACCUGAUGUUCAGGCAGAAAAUAGACAUAUUGUGAUCAGAGGAGAAAAUACAUGCAACGUUCUUAGGAUACGCUCAGUUCUACUACAAGCAUUUCGAGAUCAUUAUACAAAUAGAGGUUACUGUGAAGUUACUCCACCUUCUAUAGUACAAACGCAAGUUGAAGGAGGAUCGACUUUAUUUAAAAUGGAUUACUUUGGAGAAGAAGCUUACCUUACUCAGAGUUCGCAGCUUUAUUUGGAAACAUGCCUGGCAUCUAUGGGGGAUGUUUAUUGUAUAGCAGAAAGUUUUAGGGCCGAACAAAGUAGAACCAGAAGACAUUUAGCUGAGUACACUCAUGUAGAAGCCGAAUGUCCCUUCAUUACAUUUGAUGAUCUACUAAAUCGCCUAGAGGAUUUAAUUUGUGAUGUAGUAGAUCGUGUUCUAAAAUCUCCUUAUGGUUACAUUGUCCAUGAACUCAACCCGAAUUUCAAAAUACCAGAGAGACCAUUCUUGAGAAUGAAUUAUGCUGAUGCAAUAGAAUAUCUCAAGGAGAAUAAUAUAACUAAAGAGGAUGGGUCAUUCUAUGAAUUUGGCGAGGAUAUACCUGAAAUGCCAGAAAGAAAAAUGACUGAUAAAAUUAAUAAACCUAUAAUGCUCUGUAGGUUCCCUGCUAACAUUAAGUCAUUUUACAUGAGCAAGUGUCCAGAAGACGCGAGGUUGACUGAAAGUGUUGACGUGCUAUUACCCAAUGUUGGAGAAAUCGUGGGAGGAUCGAUGAGGAUAUGGGAUUUAGAAGAGCUAUUAGAGGGGUAUAAACGAGAAGGAAUUGAUCCAGCACCAUAUUUCUGGUACACUGACCAACGUAAAUAUGGAACUUGUCCUCAUGGUGGUUAUGGCUUAGGACUGGAAAGAUUCAUAUGUUGGUUACUGAACAGAUAUCACAUUAGAGAAGUCUGUCUAUAUCCACGUUAUUUACAUCAUUGUAAACCUUGAAUAAUAUUUUUCAUCGUUUUUAAACAGCAUUUAUUAUCGCUGAAUUACUAGGCUUGUAUCAUUUUCUCCUGCUUUGAAUCUUUUUAUUUUGAAAUAUUUCAGAUUUUAUUAUUUUUUUCUUUCGUUACAUGAUCUUCACUAAAUAAAUUGAUAUAAAUGCUAGAAGUUUUAA